UGACCCAUAUCGAGGCCGCCGCACCGUCUCCGUAACGGCGGUAUAUCGACAUAAGACGGCGCACAGUGGGUGACCUUGGUCCCAGGAGGACCGGGACCAUCCGGGGGCGGAAGCGGCCCACUGACGCGGAACUGACCGCUCUCGACCCACUCUCCAGCCGCUCAGAGGUGGUUCUGCACCUGUGGUGGACAGUGGUCAGUGGUCAACGGGACGGGACGAUCGCGACUGGCUGGAGGAAAGCCGUGAGUGCUCAGCUGAGUCGACAAGGAGGAGGGCGAAAAACAUUAGAAGUCUGGUAUUCCAGUCAGUCGCAAGUUUGGAAAAGCUGCACCCUGAAGAUUGUCGUGAGCAGGAAGACGACUGCGCCAAGCUCAGGCUGGUUGAUGAGCACCAGAAGAGCGUGCUGCAUUGAAGUACACGUCGUCCAAGUGAAGAGAAAUUUGGCUGAGUUUGUAGCCCCUGUGCCAUUUGUUGUGGGCUAUGGCGUUGGACAACAUUUUUGCUGUUGUUGGAUGAUUGUUGCUGAAUAGUAGUAGCUGCCAAAGAUAGAUAGAUAGUAGCUGCCAAAGAGUCCAAAAGUGCACGGAAUCUGUACUAGCGUCCCACUCCAAAUUCUCAACUCGGUUUCUACAAUAUCACGGUCAGUUCGGAUUCGGAACAAUGCCGACGUUCGAUCUUCAGGGAACGCGGUGCCAGCGGCCAGAAGGCGACGCGGACUGCGGCACUGAAAAACCUCUCGUGAAGCCCCACAUUAUCACAGCCCAGGGCUCCCGUGCCGCCACUCCACCCGGCCUAAAGCGUGACGUGGGUCGGUUCGCUCGCCUGACGUCGCUCCUGGCGUCUGACGAGCGGCUGGUUCAGGAGCGAGCUGAGGGCAUCAGGGUCGGCCUGUACCGUCUGUAUGGGGAACUGGGCUCCGGCAACAGCGCCACUGUGAGGCUGGCCGUCCAUCAGCUCACCACAGAACGUGUCGCAGUCAAGGUUCUUGAUAGGGCAAAGUUGGACCACAAGAAAUGUGAAAUGCUGACGGAAGAAGUGGCCAGCAUGGAGCGCCUCCAUCAUCCAAACAUCAUCAGGUUGUACGAGGUGGUGGAGAGUCCGCGGCACAUCCACCUCAUGAUGGAGUACGCUCCCGCCGGUGACCUGGAGCGCAGGGUCAGCCGAGAGGGCCCACUGACAGAGGCAGACGCCCGAUCCGUCUUCUCGCAGCUUCUAGCCGCCGUCCAGCACAUGCACUCCAAGAAGCUGGUUCACCGCGACAUCAAGGCCGAGAAUGUGUUCUUCGCGAGUCGGUCGCGCGUCAAACUGGGCGACCUGGGCUUCAGCCGGCGGGUGAGCGGCAUCGGCGAGCACCUGACGCAGUUCUGCGGCUCCCCGAGCUACUCGGCGCCGGAGCUGCUGAGCGCGGCCAGCUACCGCGGCGACCGGGCCGACCUCUGGGCGCUGGGCGUGCUGCUCUUCUUCAGCGUCACCGGCCGGCUGCCAUUCGACGGCGCCUCGCUGGCCGAGCUGCGAAGACACAUACUCGCCGUGCGCUACCGCUGGCCGGCCGGUGUCGGCUCCGAGCCCUGCCGAGAGCUGGUGGCCGCGCUGCUGCAGAGGGACCCCGCGGCGCGACCGUCGGCGGCAGAGGCCGGCCGCUGCCGCUGGCUGAACGGCCACCCACCGCCGGCUGCCGGCAGGUCCCUGUCGCUGCGGGCCGCGCCCGUCACAGCCCAGGAGAGAGAGGCACGCGCGAGGCUGCGGCAGCUCGGUGUCAGCGAGACCACGCUGGAGAGCCACCGCCGGCGGGGCUGCCACAGUCCUGUCACGGGGCUGUACAGGAUGGUGCUGCACCGUGUCUGCCGAGAGGAGGAGGAGAGCGGAGGGUCGGGGAAGCAGCUCUGGCUGAGAGGCGGCGACCGGUGCAAACAGUGCACCAUCCUGUGAGAGCCCCUCGAACUGCGGUGGUGCAAACUGAGUGCACCAUCCUCUGAGAGCCCCUCGAACUGCGGUGGUGCAAACAGUGCACCAUCCUGUGAGAGCCCCUCGAACUGCGGUGGUGCAAACAGUGCACCAUCCUGUGAGAGCUCCUCGAACUGCGGUGGUGCAAACAGUGCACCAUCCUGUGAGAGCUCCACGAACUGCGGUGAUUCAGUAUUCACCGGCCAUUGCUUACAUAACGAACUGCCGAUAAGGCCGCUGUAUAAGCCAACCGACCUCGAGUUGCGUGUAGCAGACGAUGUUAUUGACUUGCAUUAUGUGUGAAUGUAUUUAAAUGAAGCAAGACCAAGCGCGUAAUGGAACAUAACGCAUGUGUAAUGUGUACAAUGUACAUAUACCCUGAUCCCGUCAAUGUGCAAUGUGUAUACUUGGCACUAGAUAUGAUAUUGUAUCAAUGUUCAUGGAGUAGAUGCCAGCAUCAUUAUAGGUAGCUGCAUGCAGAAUAGGUCCAAUUAUAAAGCUCAAACUUGAGAUAACGCGGCAAUUACAACGCACCCAUACGAAAAUCGAUAAAUACAUGACUGAAUUUUA